AUGGAGGCUAGUCGCGACACGUACGUACUCUUCGCUCCACGCUCAGACCUGGCCUGUGCUGCCUGCUGGCCAGAUCCCAGCCAGUCGGAUCAAUUUGGCCGUACCUCUGUAAAGCACAACCAACAAUCUGAGAUCAGGAGCCGAACCUCACAUCGCACAAUGUUCACUACAACUAGUGGCUAUACCAACGCUUCCACGGCACGAGCACGCACUGGGACUGGGAGGCUUAAUCAUUAG